AUGCUUCAGAAGAAAAAGAAGAAACAAAUAUUAUAUGCACUAAAAAGCAAACAAAAAUAUGGUAAGAGAGGAGGUGGAAAGCGUAUUUCUAAAAGAGCAUGGAAAUUUUUAGAGAAAUACUUUUUAAAAGGUGAUGUUGAUAAAAGUAAAAGAUACACUACUGCUACCAUGUUAAAAAGGAAAGUUGAGGAAGGAGAACUGGGUGAAGACGAGGUUCCAAAACUACAAACUAUCCAUAGCUGGAUUUUACGUUAUUCCGCACAGCAUCGUCAAAAAAUGGCAGAAAUGUCUAUUAAUAAAAUGUAA